AUGCUGCUCCUUGCCGGCGCCCUGCGAGUGGCCGCGGCCCGCGGGUUCUCUCGGACGCUCGCAGUGUUUUCUUUCACGGUGGCGCUGUCCAUCCAGCCUGCCCGGUUUGUUCUUCAGCGCCGGCUACCCCUCAGUAACUCCUCUGCCCCACGUUGGUCUUGCCUUGGCCCUGGGAACAUGCCCAGCAGUGCCAAGGGGAAGCUCCAGCACAGCAAAGCCCUCACCUCCCCCUACCCCGGCUCGCAGGUGGAGCGCAGCCAGGUUCCUGAGGACAAGGUGGGCUGGCUGACUGAGUGGGAGGACUACAGCCCUGUGGAGUACACUGCCAGCUCUGUUUUGGCUGGACCCAGCUGGGCAGACCCUCAGAUCAAUGAUGAAAGUUUUUCUCCCAAGUUCAACCAGAGGGAUGGAGAGGUGGAGAGGAAGAGCCUGCAUGGCUUGUAUGUGGUGGAGAAUGGAAGGCCCAGGAACCCAGCAGGCAGGACUGGCCUGACAGGCAGAGGACUGCUGGGGCGCUGGGGGCCCAACCAUGCUGCUGACCCUGUGGUGACCAGGUGGAAAAGAGAUGGAAGUGGCAAUAAAGUUGCUCACCCAGUGACUGGCAAAAACAUCCUGCAGUUCAUAGCUAUCAAGAGGAAGGACUGUGGGGAGUGGGCAAUUCCAGGGGGAAUGGUGGACCCAGGGGAGAAGAUCAGUGCCACCUUGAGGAGAGAGUUUGAGGAGGAGGCCUUGAACUCCUUGCAGAAAUCCCCUGAGGAGAAAGCAGAGCUGGAGAAGCAGCUCCAGAAGCUCUUCAGCCAGGAACACUUCGUGGUGUACAGAGGGUACGUGGAUGACCCCCGGAACACUGACAAUGCCUGGAUGGAGACAGAGGCUAUCAACUACCAUGAUGACACAGGUGAGACCAUGGACAACUUGCCUCUGGAAGCUGGGGAUGAUGCUGGCCAGGUGAAGUGGGUUGACAUCAGCGAUGAGCUCAAGCUGUAUGCAAGUCACAGCCACUUCCUCCAGCUUGUGAGUGAGAAGCUGGGAGCCCACUGGGGUCAGACUGCUGAGUGCCAUGAGUGAUGGAGGCAAGGAGCCAGGAGGCAGCCCAGAGAGAAGACUCCACAGUGGGCACUCAGUGGACUUCAGCUGGCAGCGGUCAAGGGAGGCUUCUGCAGAGACCUGCCGGUGGCUGCUUUUGAUUUGCCAGCUGGUGGGAGCUGCCUGGGAGACUGUUCCUUUGCUUUGCUUUGUUCUUCAGUGGUGGCAGCACAGGUCCCCUGCCUGGCAACACAGAUCCCUUGCUGGGCACCAGGGAACCUUUGCCUGGCAACGCAGAUCCUUGCCCUGGGGCAGCAGGGAUCCCUGCCUGGCAGCACAGGUCCUGCCUGCUGUAGGCCCAGAAGCUGCUCCCUGCUGUUGCACUGAUUCCGUGCUGGGCCUGUGACUCCUGAAGGGCUGUGACACUUGGAGGAGAACUGAAUAAAG